AUGUCUCUUGCUGAAGAGCCCAGUAAUGGGCUCCAUCGAAGCCGCGCAGACAGUCGGAGAGGAGGUAAGAUCGCCAAGUUCGGACCUCCCGCAUAUGCUAGAGAGGCCCAGGGCGGCGGGCGGCCGUUGUGGCGGAGGGAGGGGCGGGGCCUUCAGUGGAGCGUAGGCGUCUCCAUGACAGCGGCCGCGCGUCCACGCCGGGAGCGAGGGGCCCCGCCCCCUGACCCGCCCUCUCCUGGUAUCCUGCUGGGCUCCCGGAGGACCCACCUGGACUCUUCAGAGCGACAAGCCGGGUCAGCGCCUCCCUGUCCCCCUUACGUCCGGUCCCGGCAGGUCCCACGGCGCCUGUCCUUGGCAGCCCUGUUGCGCAUGUGUUUUCUCCCUACUUCUCCCCCAUUUCUUUCCUCUUGCCACCCUUUCCUAGUCGACCCUGACUGGGAAGAGUUAAGGCUGGUGAGAACACACACCCCGGAGAGGCUGGCGGCGGACACGCACCCACUCCCAUUUCCCGGACCGAGCUGGAGCCUUUGUUCACCUUACCAGUGUCCGCAGUGCGGCAAGGGCUUCAGCCACCGCUCCAACUUCAACCGUCACAGGCGCAGCCACAGCGGCGAGAAGCGAUUCCAGUGUCCGCAGUGCAACCAGCGACUGAGCUGGAGCUCGGACCUGACGCGCCGCCUGUGCACGCACAGCGGCGAGCGGCCCUUCUGGUCCGCGCUGUGCGGGAAGAGCUUUGGCCUCAGCUCGGACUACCCGCGCCACCAGCGCACGCACACAGGCGAGCGCCCAUUCCCAUGUCCGCAGGGCACCCGAAGCUUCAGCCGCAGGUCGGACCUGGCCUUACGCCAGCGCGUCCACACCGGACCUGGUCAAGCACCGGCGUACCUACACGGACGAGAGGCCCUAAAGUGCGGGAACUGUACCAAGUGUUUCAGCCACCGCGCCAACCUCAUCACGCACCGGCGCGUCCACACCGGGGACAAGCCUUACAAGUGCCCCGACUGCGGGAAGAGCUUCAGCCAGAGCUCGCACCUCAUCAUCCACCAGAGGGCGCACACGGGCGCGCGCCCCUUCCCCUGCGGUGACUGCGACAAGAGCUUCAGCAGCCGCUCCUACGCCCUCACGCACCGCAGGGUCCACACCGGCGAGAAGCCCUACGGCUGCGAGGUGUGCUGCAAGAGCUUCAGUCAGAAGACAAACAUCAUCACGCACCGGAAGCUGCACGGGGCGGCCAGGCGGCUAGGGACUGAAGCCUGA